CAGCUCAUCACGCGGGUCACUGCAGUCUGCUUUAUAUUCAAGAAUUUCGUGAACCUGAUGACAUGUUACAAGUUUGAAGAAUUCGUUAUCGUUUUCGAUGAUGCCCUUGAGUGUGGACGGAUGGCACUGGGCUAAGAAUUCACGGUGUUUAAUAUCGCCUGUAGACGAGGUCAGUAUCUGAGAAACUUCUUCACAGACUUGUUUUAUUCAUUGAGUGAAAUCAUAUUGUGCAACAUCACUAUGAAUUUUAGCUGAGUGCAAUAUUGCGGUAAACAUCUACAUGCCAACAGUUUUGUGUGCUCGAAGAGGAGCUCAACUCAAACCUGUUAUCUCUUGAGAUUUGUUUAGCGACGGUGGGUUUUCAAAAAUCAUUUCUAUAGAUUUCUUCGAAGGGCCUAAAACGUUAAACUCAGCUGCAUUGAAAUACAAUGUAGUACUAAAUCGGAAAUCAACACAAACGUAUUGUUGCUUAAAAGUUAAUAAUAUAAAUAUUAAGUUUUGUCGUAAAACAUAUAAGACUUAAUUGAAGCUUUUUUGUGGUUACAUUUUCAGGCAGCUGUUUCAUGAAAAUUCUUUGGAUUAUGGGCUUAUAUUAUGACCGUUCAGAGUAUAUACCAACUAAACUAGCAUCAGGCUGCAGUUGUAAUUGGGUUGAUUCAGAACAGAUUGAUUGUUCUAUGAAAGUGACCGUAUGUUAGUCAUGUCCGGACAAGCUUUGUGACAGACUUCAGUAUCGAAUAUACAAGGUACUUCAAAGGAUCUAAAAAGCAGUUUCCUGGCUUAAAAUGGCCGAUGUGGAAAUGGCAAACGUGACUAAUGGGUCUACAACUAGAAUACGAGUUGUGACACGCAACGGGUCAACCAGCAACAAGACCGCAACUAAUAAACACUCCUUGUCCGACGACAAGGAGUCUUCUACAGACGUCCCACACGAACUCUCAGAUGACCUAAAGCUAGAAUCAGUCGAUAUAAGUUUGAUUCAGCGGAGGACUUACUUACUUUCCGCCGGAAUUGGGGACACUAAUCGGUCUUUCAAUCGUUUCAAAGGUUGGAUCGGUCUCGUAAUAUGGAUCUUCAAUAUGGUCAUUCACUUCGGUUUGGAUUUUUACGAGGCGGUAUUUGUGUUUGAAGUGUCUUGGGCAACAUGUAUUGGUGUGUUUCUAAUAACGCUUGUAGCUUGCUGUUACUCCAUGAUAAGGCAUUCUGUUCCAUGGUUUAUUAAGGGGGUAAAAAAACUCAAGAGAGAUGGACAUUAUCCCAAGACUCUAAAACGUGUUUACCUUAUAUUCAAGGUAAGUAUGUGUCCAUUGUCGCCAAUGUUCUAAUCCCCCCACUGUUUGUAGUUUCCUUAAUGAAAUUGUUUGGUAUUUUAUCAGAUUCUUCUCAAAAUGUUUAGAGGGCCAAUAACUGUGAGAUUAUAUCAAUCACAAUCACACCCCUGAUGUAUCCAAUUCUUCGCGUUAUCCAUCCAACUGCGCAUUCAUUUUAAAUUCAUUUAUAUCAAAUUAGAUACCGGGUAUGCUGGAUUUGCUCCCUAUGCGAUUAUCUCUAGGAAAUGCAAAUAAAUCCAGAAAUAGCCCGAGUGUAUAUAUAUUUUAAGGAUCCUUUUAUCGCUUCCAACCUGUUCCCCACCGAUAUCUAAUCAAAUACAUCAGCCUCGCGGUUUUUAAUGUCUGCAUUAUCCUGAUCUCAGAAUUUACUCUUAUUCUUUCUAUUCGUACAAACUGAAACGUUUUGCACCUCAAUUUUUUUGGAGAGGAACUAAGAAGAAAGAAAUCUUUGCGAUUGAGUAGCUGUUCGAUCCCCGAGGUUUCUCAGAGUGAACGCUGUCUCAUGUAGUCUCUGAAAUGAUUUAUUUCACGGUUGUAUGUCUAAAAAUUUUUUUUAUUGUCCUCUUUUUAUCUAUUGAAUCAAUGAAAAAGAGGCGACCUACAGUUGUUUUUCAUUUGUGAGUGAUUAACAGAAACCAACCGAACGGAGGAGACAAUUACCUGUCUUUUGUAUCGAUAAAAAUAAAAUUUAAGGCCUUCAGGAGUUAUGGUUCGUGGAAACUAUAUUUAAUUGAAGUUAAAAAAAAAUUGUUUUGAACUGCAUGUUAAAAAUAAGACACUGUUUUCGUUUUAUGAAAACCCUGAUGGAAAACAUUUUUAGGUUUCAUUUCCUUGUCGAAAAACAAUAAUUGUUAACUUUUGCGAUGAGAUAUUCAUUUUCAGAAAGUCCGUACGUCUGUCAGUGAUUCUUAUAUAGCAGUUUGUUUCUUGUAUUUGAUUUGUUUGAUUUGAGUACUAAGUCCCUAUGACAAGGAAACUCUAGGUUGUCAACCGACAAGAAUGCUUCACACUGUUUCAGGCUGACGUUUUGUUUGAUUAAGAAAACUAAUUAGUGAGAACGUUUCUUAGGCAACCUUGGGUCCGAAGAUAAUUAGCAAUUAUUGUAUUGGGCUUUCGUAUGAUGUGAAGAAUUAUGUAGAUCGACUAGGAGGUAGCCUGUGUACAGCACCCCCCUCCCCUCAGUAAAAAUCGGAAAAGGGGAAGGUGGGGAGGGGGGUCUGCACACAGGCUACUAGGGGGGUGUUUCGGCCUCGGCGGAUAACACCCAACCUCCGAGAUCUGCAUAAUUCUUCAGAUCAUUCUUAAGCCAAAUCCAAUAGUUGUUUUUCUAAUUCAUCCAAAAUAUUUCAUACCUUAAAACAUACUUGGAGUCGAUUUUAAGUUCCCGCCUUCAUUUGCCUGCCUCUUGGCAAACCCAGGUUGUAAGCGGAUGUAAAGUCUAGUUAGUCUAACAGAUAUCCUGUCCUCUCAAUAGCAGUUGUUAUCGUUUCGUUUUUGCUAUCACUUUUUCGCAAAACAUGUAAAUUUUCCGCCAUUUUCUACUCGCAUUUUCUUCAUUAAAACAGCUGAGCUACUGCAACCUCGUCCUUGCAAUAGCCUGGACUAUUGACGUCAUUUUACCGGAUAUCGCAAAACGUCUUCAAAUAUGAUCAAUGCUAGCUGGUUAUAAAGCCUUAGCCGUGGGAUUUGAGCCAAACAGAAGCGGCGAAACGGUGAAAGGAAGAGGAACGCGCUUACCGAGAAGUGCCGGAUUUCUCCCUUCCCUUCGGAGCUCCUUUCGCGCGGAUUACAGUUAAAUCAUAAACGCUUGUGUAUCUGUAAUUGGAUGACUUAGUGCAAUGUAGCCUGGACUGUUUUUGGGUUACCCGUUCCCAAAUUCUAUAUUUAUAUUAGUUGUCCACUUAACUGGUGUUUAUACUAGUGCCGGUUUUCACAUUAGUUUUUUUUAUCAGUUUAUGCCGAUAGUUGUGGUUAUGUUUGCCAUGGGUGCAGCUAUGGGUCAAUUUGGAUGUUACGCUUAUGAUGGAGCUCUCAAACUCAGCUUCUCCAAGCUGUCCAAUAAGACUGGAGUCAUGAUUCCUACUGGAAUUGACGUGCUGUUCAACAUUCUCAGAGCAACAAGCCUGUUCCACAUUUUUUAUGGAUUUUGUCUGCUACUUGUGUUCCACUUGAGUUUGAUCUUCAUGAUUCAAAGCUCAAUGCGUGAAUUUAACGGUAAGAGAGACUGUUCCCAUUCAAAAUAGUUUAUCGUAUUUUUUUUCUACAGAAAUAAGUAGACAAGGUGUAAUUAAGAUAAAUCUCUUCUCAUGUUAAACGGCAAAUAGAAUUUCUUUUGUAUCCUAGCCUUAAUUGUCCAUAUGAACUAAAGUAAAUUCCUGGCUUUACCUGGGAACGGCGAAAGAUCAGCGGCAUGUAUUAUUUAGUAGGGAGGGGCGACCUCCCAUUUUUCCUUCUCUAAUCAGUCCUCUUCGGUCCGUUCCUAGGAUCUAACAGCUUGAGAAAGCUUCUGGAUUUUGUCCAACUGUCCUUUGAUUUCUUUGUAGGAGGGUGUUUUAAAUCCGUAUACAGUCGAAUCUCCAUGUGCGGCCACCUCUCGUAAGCUACCACCUCCUAUAAGCGACCACCAAUCCAAAACACCAAAUUUUUACGAGUCAAAGCCUCACAGUUGGAACCUCUAGUAAAUGACCACCUCCUGUAAGCGACCGCAACCACUUUUUGGGCCGUACGGUUAAUGAUUUUCCAUUGUUUUUAAAACUUCUUGUAAGCGACAACUUGACGCAUUCUCUGAUCUCUAUGUUCGCUGUGUGCACUAUGCUACGUAGAUUAUACGAAGAACUUUAGUGACAACAUGGAACUACAAAUGUCGUAACUUAGACAUUGCAUGCAAUAAGUAAUCUACCAUAAAGAAGAUGUGUCUGGACCUCUUCUCGGAAGACUGGGUGCCCUGUGGUUCGAUUCUUCUAAGCGACCACUCAGUCUUUGCAUUUCUGGUGGUCGCCUACGGGAGGUUCGACUAUGUACACAAAAGUUUAUGGCCUAAUACUUAUAACAUUUUGCCUUUUGCAUGCCCGCCCCUAGACGCGAAGGUGAAAGGCACGCGAAAAAUUGGUGAGACAGUUGAAUUUCAUUUUUAACUUUGAUGUUCUCAUAUUACUUUUCGCUUCAGAUCGGAUGGGUAAACUUUUCCGUGAAAAUCCAAUUCAGGUGGCUUUUCCUGAAGCUGUCAAUCUUUUCUCUGCUCGCGCCAAGUUUGUUCGUGAAGGAAGCCAGAAGAGCACGGUACGUUAUUGAGUUUGCAAGUGCGUAGAUUAGAACUUAUUGGUGGGUUCACCACGGGAUGCAAAAUUUGUAUUUGAGCAGUUACCAGCAUCUUACAAACAACUUAUUGACCAACCGUAAGCAAAAAUCGAGAGCAAUGGACUAACUGGACAAAAACCGACCAUUUGACUAGAAAUAAAAUGACCUAUAUUAUAGUACAUUUAGAAUCUUUACAGCCAAGGAAGUCACGGAACUUGAUUGACCAAGUAGGUCAACAGCUAGCUCGAAACCUUUCGAGCUAACGUAUAUUUUAGUAUCAAUUUUCUAUUUUCUUACACAGGCUUUUUAUCUCAACAGGUUGUCCUUACCACUCUUCUGGUUGCCUGCAGUACUUCGUUUGUUCUGAAUGCGUACAACUUUUUGUUCUUAAAGCGGUUUGCUAUUUAUGUGUGGUUCGCCAUAGCACCUCUUAUCUGGGUGGUGUGUCCGCUUACUGGAGCAGCCUGGGUAACGAAGACUUACUUGAGGUACAAGCUGGUGGUGGUUAACGCAUGGGUUGAUAUCCCUGAGGUAUGCUAUGGAUGACGUUUGUUCAGUAAAAUGCGGUAAAAGAUAACCAACCCUUGAUGACAGGUCUAUGGCUGUCUUUACACUAGGCUGUUAAGUAAGACUUAAGAGCUGCUAAGUUUUACUGAUUCAAAAAUUCGUGUGUGAAGGCCUAAGUAAAAUCUCAAGUAACUUUACUUUGCACCUCAUUAAAGUCGGAAAGUUGAAACGAUUCAAGAAAGUUUCAAGCGACUUGAAAACCAUCCUUAAAACCGACUUAGCUGACUUGCUGUUACUUGCGGUUUCUUGAGGUUUGAGAAAGGCGAAACACGUCAAUCAAUCGUAAUUAUGUUGCGUGGGAAAAUAGCCUUAAGUUAACCUGAAGUAAAAAAAGAAUCGGUUGUGUGUGAAGCUUUAUUUUACUUGAAGUAAUUAAAAUUUACUUGUCUUGAAAUAUUUCUUACCUUAUUUAGGCUCUAGUGUAAAGACUACCUAUAUGAUCUUCAAAAGCUCGUAGUACUCGCAAACAGGGAGUUUCUUUUUGGUGAUGGUGCAGCCAGCACAUAUGAUCUAAAAGGGAAGUCUUGAAAGUCACUGAACAAAUCUCACAACACAAUAACUACCAACAAUAGUUUCCGCAACAUCAAGGAGAACCGCAUUCUCCGUACGACUCCAGCACAACCCCACAUCAAGCUAAAGCAUAGGUCGGGAGAGAUGUGGAACCUUUGAGAUUUUCUACAAUUUGUAGGUCAUGACUUCACUAGAAUGCAAAAAUUAGAAGUGAGGUUUUCGAGUAAUGUUCGUUCUUGUUUGAUUACAUGAUGAUCAGUCUGAGUCCUUUUCCGGAGGUCUGAUUUUGAAGUAUCCAUCCAAGUCAAGGCUGUGAUUUGCAGGGCUACGUCUUGCGAUAUUCAAUGCAAGCCUGCUUUUGUGGCGGUUUAUUCCCACGUAACAUGUUCCCUUUCGGUCGCAAAAGGCUGGCGGUUUUUUUGGAUAACUAUACUUACGUUUUUACUUUUAUCAAUGUUUGCAGGAACACGAACUUGAAGCGUUAGCGCAUGACUAUCUACACCAGUCACAUUCGGACACUCGGUCCAGGUCGCCAUCACCGAUAAGGGCCAGGAGGGGUACUCCUAGUGAGGAGAAAAUAAGGUCCAAAGAAGCGCCUGAUAAGAAAGACGCGGUGGGAUUUAAGAAUAAAGGCUUUACAAACGAUGACUGCAAUGAAGCGGUUGAAACAGAGGCCAAAAAAGCUCCAAAUUCGAGGUAAUAAUUCCAUGAAGGAAUACUCUUAUUUUUCAGCAAUAAUUUUCGCUAGACCGGAUCUUAAAAAUCGCGAAACUGAAAAUUUAACACGCGGACUUUCAUACCCUGCAACAUAGUUCUUUAGUCUACAUCAAUAUCAGUGUAUUAUAUUGGCUAGUCCAUGUUCUGUUUUACAGUUUUAGCGUGCGAGCUCUCUUCGCCUAAAUCGAUUCCCUACUCUUGCGGCAGGGAGUUCUUGUAAGAUAUCAGUGGUGCAGCUGUCAAGCACACCUUCCAGUAAACACGUCUUUCACACAUGUUUUUAAAAUUUUUCAGGAAAAACAGUGAGAUAUCCAUACAUUUCUCUGCGGACGAAAGAGCAUCAAAACUCAAACGAGGAUCAUUACGAGGCACAACUCUCAAUAAAACACCGGAGAUUUUACUUACAGAUUACGAUCAGGUUAAUGAAAACGCCGUUUCCUCUCAGACAUUGAAUCUCAGGAGAUCCAAAAGCGAAUCUUCCUUGACAGAUGUUGAAAAAGUUGACAAAUUUCCAGGGAAUCAGGAAGUGGCUCUAAGCGGAAGCUCAUCCAGCGAAAACGUCCCUGACGUGGUGAGAAUAGACAUAGAGGGAUCUCAGUCUUCUGAAAACCCAUCUCAAGCCACUCAAGGAACUCUUGUUUCCAGUGGCACUUUAACUUCCUCGUACAAGUCUACCUCGUUAAGCGAUUCCACUGAUCGCCGUACGAGUUCCGAUGGCGAGCGGGUUGCGGAAAAAUUGACAGUGCCUUCUCGGGAUGAAAGUGCCCAGAAAAAAGGCGAAAGCCAAGACUCUCUACCCAGAGUAAACUUUUUAACUGGUAUGGCGAAAACGUUUCAUCAAUGGCGAACAAAAACGAAGAAGAAGCGUAAGUUUAACUACGAAAAGUACAUUAUCUAUUUGGAGAGUAUUUUACCUACAGUGGGAUUUUCAAUCGGUGGAGUUAUUAUUACUUUCAAUGGAAUUUAUACUUUUAUUGUGGUUUUAACAUUUUUAGUCGGCGUCUUCGCUCAAGAAGCUUUUUUUGGAAAUUAAUGAAAAAGUAGGUUCAUGAAGAUAUGAUUAAGUUUGAUGAUACAAAGACAUCAAUACGGAAAGUUUUCAAGUUAAUGGAGACUGAAAAGUUGGUGAAUAGAUAAAUGCAGGUAAAUUGAGAAGCUGGAAAAACUUGCAGGGUCCAUUGAAAAUUCAAAAGGUCUUUUAAACCCCCAAAAUAUGAUAUUAACUGCUACCCGUGGUCCUUCGAUGAUCAAGUAAAUGUGUACUGAUUUUCAGUUCACACUCCCACACUAUUUAUUAUGUUAUCCUGUAGUUAUCAAAUCUAUUUAAAGCAAGUAGCAGAACUACUGCUCCCAUAGUCCCAGCCUGGGAAUCGUAGUCCCACAUUCCUGUAGUCAAUAAAUCUACGAGUAAAUACCUUUAUUGCUUCCGCAGUCUCGUAGUCCUGUAGUCUAUGUCUCUAUUAACAUCAGGUAAGUAGGUUUAAAGAACGAAAAAUGAUACAAUGCACAGUUGUACGUUUUUUUCAAUUUCGUUUGACGAUUGCGGGACUGCGAGAGCAGCCUUUAUAGGUGAAUUUUUAGUGGACGGGUAUUCUAGAAUCUACUCAGUUAACGGUUUUCUAAAUUACGGCCAAAAUUUUCUAAAUGGACCGAUUUAGAUUUGUAAAGUUAGUUGUCGUCGAUUGUAAGUAAGAUGUGAGUCUAUAAUUGCUUUGAUGUUUAGAUAAUGGUCGUUUCUUUUUUACCAGAAAUCCUAUGACCCAACUGAAAGGAAAAUUUCACAAAAUAUGCUAACCAAGUUAGAUUUUCUGUGUUUCAAAUUUACAUAUUCUUAAUUGAAAGGUGUUCACACUAAAACAGUAUUUAAUGAAAAGCUGUAUAUUAAUUACUUGGAUGAUUCAAAGGACAUCGAAUAUCUUUGCCUUUCCCCGUUCAAAAGUGAUGAUUUUAUAUUUAAAAUAGUCUGCUAUUAUAAAAAGUCUAUUUCCUUAUUUUGGGAAAAUUUGAUAUCUUUAUUAUUACCUAUUAAUUAUUUCGUGGAUUCAGGACAAUUUUUGGAAAAGGCCUAUAAACGGCAAUAUAGUCACUCUGGUAGCUAUCAUUGAUGAAGCAUAUUUAUUACUUAAUUAUUUAGCAGAAAAAUUAUAUAACUGACGAGGGACAAUAGUUAGAAAUAGAAUUUGAGUUGGCAGUCGUAUGUGGACUCUAUGUAAUAUUUAAGACAUAUUAAAGAAAUGAUUUUUUGUAGAGGGGCGUCAGAGGUCAAACUUCUUCUGGUUUACAUUGACGAUAAUCUCAAAUUGCAAUGUUUGAUAAUAAAAAGAUCAGCGC